UACCGAACCCAUCUCCGCGGACCUUCUUCUCCAUCCCUGCCUGCCUCAUCGUGGACCGGCCGGCGAAGAAGACGACGGUACGAGCUCGCGCCACCACCACCCCGACCAGGCGACUCAAAUCCCAACCCCUCUUCACUCGACCGCCGCCCCAGCUCGAGCCCCCCCUCGAAUUUCCUUGCCGCCGCCGCCGCCGCUGCUGUUUUCCCCUUCUCCCCACUGGUAUGGCCGCGUGAUCUGGCCAGGGUUUGGAUGAAGGAACGGAAGCCGGCGGCCCCCUCUGCGUUGGCCCGGAUCCUCGCCACCUGCGCGUCCCAGGCAAAAGAUUAUGGGAGAUGCAUAGCAGCAAAGGUCCCUGAGAUUGAACAUAAUAUGUGUUCUAAGGAGUUUCUAGCACUCAGAGCAUGCAUGCAAACUGCGGUCAAGAAUAAGGCUUGAAGUUCAAGGCGUUUGGAGUUUGGUGUUAACCACCUUUCAGUGUGAUCAGUGUGCUCUCAGAUGCAAGGAGGUUUGAGCAGCCCUGGUGCGCUCUCUCACGCUUAUGUACAACAUCCUCCGCUACGGUGUGACAUUCCAGAUAUUAAGGGGCUAUUCUAUGAUGAUGCGAAUAGGUUUCUUGUAGCCCCAACAGCUGAUCGGAUAUUAUACUGGAAGAUAGCUGCAUCUACUCAAUCUGGACCUCCAAACUCUGAUCCAAUUAAUGAAGGCCCCAUCUUAUCAGUUCGAUUUUCUCUGGAUCAGAAAGCCAUAGGGAUUCAGCGAUCCAGUCAUGAGGUCGAGUUUAGAAAUAGAGAAACAGGGGAAGGCUGUAGUAAGAAGUGCAGAGCAGAUUCUGAGACCAUACUGGGAUUUUUCUGGACUGACUGUCCCACUUGUGAUGUCAUAAUUAUAAAAACAAGUGGGCUAGAUCUGCUUGUCUAUGAGCCUCAAUCAAAUGCUCUUCGGUUAGUGGAGUCAAAAAAGUGCAGUGCCACCUGGUAUCUUUACACUCAUGAAAGCAGGUUGCUUCUUCUUGCAUCUGGAAUGCAAUGUACGCUGUUCACUGGAUAUCAGUUUUCUGCUGGUGGGAUCGUCAAAUUGCCUAAGUUUGAGAUGGUGAUGUCUAAAUCCGAAGCAAAUAACAAGCCUGUCCUAGCUGCUGCUGAUGUUCACAUUGUAACAGUGUAUGGUAGGAUUUACUGCUUGCAGCUGGAUAGAGUCGGCAUGGCAUUGAACCUGUACCGAUUCUACCGUGAUGCUGUUGUCCAACAGGGUACUCUCCCAGUAUAUUCAAGCAGAAUUGCAGUUAGUGCAGUUGACAAUAUAAUCAUGAUCCAUCAAAUUGAUGCGAAAGUUGUCAUACUUUACGAUGUAUUUAUGGAUUCUUACGCACCAAUAUCUGCACCACUUCCACUGCUUGUGAGAGGACUGGCCAGCAAUAGUAAGCAAGCAGCACAACCUGCAGAUCAGCAAUCAAGUGCUUAUGGCGGGACUUUAUAUGGAGAAGGUUGGAACUUUCUCAUUCCUGACCUCAUCUGUGAUGCUGAGAAUGGGCUACUCUGGAAACUUCAUUUAGAUCUGGAGGCUAUUGCUGCUAGUACUUCUGAUGCUCCUUCGAUUUUGGAAUUCCUUCAGAGACGAAAGUCUGACCUGAGUAUGGUUAAGACACUAAGCCUUGCUAUAGUUCGAACAACCAUCUUGGAAAGGAGGCCAGUAACUUUGGUUGCAAAGGCAAUGGAUAUCAUUCUUGAUUCAUACUCUCGUUCGAUGAAAAUGGUAGGCGGUGCUGCUGGGGUUAGGAGGACGUCUGAGCAAAACCAACAGUCAAGUUUUCAGCCUGUUGAGGACUCCCGUGUGGUUUCUCAGGAACCUCCUGGAACCAUGAUUGGACCUGUUAUCAACACUGAUUCAGCAAGUGGGGUUGAGAGUGGACAGUCACAGUCAAAUUCAGGAGUUGAGCAUGGAAUUGCUAACCUGGCAGCACAUGUAGAUAGGUCAUCUUUAAACACAUCCUCUGAUUCUGACGGUAUUACCAAUACAUCGAGAGCGGUAAGUCAGGCAACAUCAAGUUCCCAGAUAUCUGACGCCACUGGCAAAAGACCGCAGGUUGUAGGAGAGGAUAGCCAACCAUUGGCUUCUGGUACAUCAAUGCAGCAUGGAACACAUGUUGCUAGUGUGGCAAUUUCACCAAUUGAAAUGGUCCAGUCCGUCUUUGUGCUUGUUGAAGAUGAAAUGAUGGGUGAUCCUGCAUACCUUAUUGCUGUCAUCAUGGAAUUUUUACGAAGCCUGUCAAAAGCUGGGCUGAAGGCUCCUCCUGACCUUUAUGUCAUGAUGACUGCUUUGCUGGCCUGCAGCAACCGUUAUGCUGAAAUAGCACUGUUUGUAUCGAACAAGAUUCUAGAGCCGUCCAGGGAACUCGCAAUGCAGCUCAUUGAUCUGGGUCGACAUCAUUCGCUGACAAGGAAGCUGGGAGUCGACAUGCUCCGGGAGAGGUGCCUGCACCAUGACUACGUGGCUGCAUUACUCCAAGACGGGUACUACCUGGAGGCUCUACGCUAUGCUCGAAAAUACAAGGUUAUCACCGUGCAGCCUUCCCUGUUCUUGGAGGAAGCCGUGGCCAAGAACAUCACGCCGAACCUUGCCGCUGUGCUGAGCUUUUUUGCUGAGCUCACGCCGAGUUUCAAGACGACGUCGGACUAUAGCAGAUAUCGGCACAUACUGUCGGAAAUGGUCUGAACUAUGCAUCGUUAUUCCGCGGAACGAUUCUCUUUUUGAUGCUCUUGAGGUUUGGAGGAAGCGUGUAAUAAUUGAUGACUUUGUUCACCCUGUUUAAAAGAUUUCUAUGCUUGUACUCCGAAGUCAUCGUUAAUGGUCUCGGUUGCUUUGA